AUGUAUCCAGACACAAAGCGUAAGCUUUUUGUCGCUGCAGAAAGAGCUGCAAACACGCUAAUACGAACAGUAGGACCACUCUUCAUCGUGUUAGCAAUCGCCUUGAUCGGAAUGGCAGUUGCCGUGUACUUUACGGUGGUUUUUCCGUAUUUUUACACAUGGGACGAAGACUAUAUAUGGACGAAAUUUCGGUAUUACGCAGGACUUGUUUUUAGUAUAUAUAUAGUGGUUUGUAUCGCUUUUCACUAUUAUAUGGCGGUGAGGACAAGGCCUGGCGGCGUUCUCACUGGAAGCACAGCACCUACGUCAUCGGAAGCACAAGAUCCAUCCAUACAGGAUUUAUUUUUAGAGCUAGAAGAAUACCAAGAAUAUCCAAAAACAUGUCAUUUGCCAAAACCAGAACGUGCGCAUCAUUGCUCAGUUUGCAAACGUUGUGUCUUACGUUUCGAUCAUCAUUGUCCUUGGAUAUCGAAUUGUGUCGGAUACUUUAACCAUCGAUAUUUCGUUUUGUUCAUGACGUAUUUGGUGUUUGGGUGUUUUUACUUUAUAGCAAUUGGUUGGAAACCGUUUAUAAAGAGUAUUGAUAUUCUUGAUGAAUAUAAUGAGAUUAUCACAUCACAGACAACUGUAGAAUUCUAUAACAACCAGCAUGCAAAGAAAUUGGCGAGACAGAAAGGCGAGGUUUUCGUUAAUCCGUAUAAUCUUGGCGCGUUGAAUAAUUUACGACAUUUUUUUAAUGUUGGAAGGAACUACAAAUAUCCUGUGUACACAAUCUUUUUACCGAUACCGGUGUCACCAACCGGGAACGGCAAAAUCUGGGAAAAGAACGUGAAUCAUUACUCGUCGGUUAAUAUUACUGAGUAUUCUGAAGAGGAUGACGAUGAGUCGAAUUAA